AUGGCGUCCUGCGAUCCCCCCCCCCUUUGGACCGGCGGGGGUUAUCCCACCAAUGUUGUCUGCCGAGCCCAAGUGCAAACAGGGCCUGAGAGCACAAGUCGGAUGGAGCGCUCCAAAAUGGCGGACAGUGUGCAACUACAUGGGCAAAUGAAGAAUGACCCACCGAGUCCUGCAGGGACCAUCAAGUGGAAGUACUGGCUGGCAGCCCGCAAACCAGCAACCUACCCUCAGCUGCAACAAACACCGGCAAGUAGCUGUAUGUCGAAAGACAAAGAGCGGGAAUCGAGGGAAUUCUCCCCGGACGCCAGUAGUACACAUACCAUGCAACCUUAUCGUACAAGCACUCACAGACUGCGGACACCCAGAAGCUUCAACCUCGAACAUCUGCUCCAGAAGCGGCGGACCCGAAAGCACAGGAGGAAGCGCCAUACUGGGAUCCAUGCCAGCCCCUACGCGGCCUUCAAAAAAAGCACUCAACCUACGAGCCGCAGAAGCAGACCCCCAGGAGUGCCCACGGCUACGAGAGAAGCUUGA